GUUAGGGAAUGAUUUAAUGAUUGAAAGUGACGAAUUUAGAAGAAAAGUUUCGAAUUUUUUGUUGGCAACUUUAAUGUAGACUAACAGUUCGUCGUUACGUAAUCUGCUUUUGUACAAUGAGGAUUUAAACAAUUUUCAGUGGGAAAACCUAAAGAAAGAAAGUUGUCGGAGUUGGUUCUGGUUGAGUGAAGAACGGGGAAUGUGUUCGGACUUGAGACCAGGGAAAGUUUGAUUUAAUUUAGAACGGCUGGUGCUGUUUGAUGCUAUAUGGUUGGUAGCCUGCAAUAUAAUAUUAAGCAGUGUUAUUAAAUUAAACGAUUAAUCACAAAGUAAUUGGAAACGUAACAUAUUUGAUCAUUUGACGACAAGUGCAUAUCUCCACAAGAAUGAAAUGAAGCAGUGAAUUAACAUUCUGCAGCUGACGACGUCUUGAAUCGUCUUCAUUAGGAAUUUGCAUUGGAUAUUGUAGAGAAAAUGGGCGGAGCGUUUUGAAAGAUCAAUAAGCAAUUUUGGAAUAAAUCAAUUUAAGAACGAAAGUAUUUAAAGAUUCAGAUUUAAAAUCUGAUUUAACUAUUGAUAUCGACUAUUUAGGAUGCUUGAGGAUUUUUUGGGUUUUUGAGAUUUUUUAAUGUACUUGGGAUUUAGGGGUGUGUGUGUGUAUUAUCCAAAAAUGUCUGAGUGUCAGGAAAAGAUUUCUGCACCAUGCUCGACAAGUUCACAAUCUCCACGGAGCUUCAGAACAAAAUGUUUGGUUUGCAAAAACAUUUUCACCGAUCCGAAGAUCUUGCCUUGUCUCCAUACGUUCUGCCUAGACUGUUUGAGAGGCUUGGAGCAGUUCUCCGUUCCCAGGCCUCCGAGGGAAGGUGAGUCUGGAUCUGGGGGCUCGCUAGACUCCGCCGAGCCUGGGGCCUGCAUCCUGUGCCCAGUCUGUGAUUUUGAGGUGCAUGUACCCGCUGCUGGUCUGCGAGGGCUGACCAAUAACCAUCUGAUUCUGAAUGAAGUUUUACAAGAGAGUCUGAAGAGAUCCGACUACAGGAUAGUUUGUGAUCUUUGUAACGAUGGAAAUGCUGAAAGGAGAUGUCAUAUCUGCUCAACAAAUCUGUGUGACUUCUGCUCCAAAGCACACAGGAGGCAGAAGAUGACUGCUUCGCACAACACAGUGGCCCUGAACGACCUACAAGGUGAAAGUGAGAGAAUCGUUAGGCCCAUCAUUUGCUCUGUUCAUCCUGCAGAGGAGUUGAGGAUGUUUUGUGAGACAUGUGAUCGCCUGAUCUGCAGGGAUUGUUGUAUGGUGGAUCACCGUGACCAUAACUGUGACUUUAUUGCUGGUGUCAUUAGCAAACAUGGCAGCUUCAUCAGGGAACUUCUGAAGCAAACACAGCCACACAUCUGUGCAUUACAGGAGACUUUGCAAAAGAUUGCUGCUACUAGGCAGUUGGUAGAAGAGCGAUUGAGAAUGAUAACUGAAGAAAUUAAUAACUUUACAGACGAUUAUAUCAGGGCACUGGAGAAACAUCGGAACAGACUUUUGAAAGAACUGGAGGAGCUGAGAGUCCAAAAGGAGAACUCCCUGAAUCUGCAGCAGAUUCAGCUGGAGCAGAUCCUGGCAGAUAUGAAGACUGGAGUGGAUUUCACAGAGUACUUGUUGACCAGUGGCUCUCAUGUGGAAAUCCUACUAACCAAAUGUGUAGUAGUCAACCGGUUGAAACAGCUGAACAAGAUUGGUUACAGCACUCACCCUGGAGAGGACGAUGGAAUACAAUUCCAGCCCCAGGAGAGAGCGGGACAAUGUGAUGGAUUUGAGGUAUUCGGAAUCAUUGUCACAAAGGCAGUUGAUCCCAGCAAAUGUGUCCUUCAGGGGGAAGGCCUCCAUGUGGCUCGACAAGACCAACCAAGUGUAUUUGUACUGGUCUGUAAUGACCAAUCAGGGCAGCAGAUGGGAAGAGGCGGUGAAUCCAUUCGGGUUAGCAUCUUCAACAAGAAGAAUAAAGAAUGCAGUCUCAAGACAAUACUGCAGGACAAUCACAAUGGAACUUAUUGUUUUACAUACACUCCCCGGGUAUCAGGCUCGUAUGUGGGAUGUGUCUGUGUGAAGGGACAGCAUGUACAGGGAUCUCCAUUCACUAUAACAGUCGCGAGUAAAUUCCGUAAGCACACUGGUAUAUUCCACUGCUGCACGUUCUGUUCUAGUGGUGGACAAAAAGAUGUACGUUGCGGCUGCAGAGGCACAAUGCCUGGUGGGUACCAAGGCUGUGGACAUGGGCACAAAGGACACCCUGGCCAGCUGCAUUGGUCCUGUUGUGGAAAGUUGACUGAAAAUUCGGAAUGCUCUGGAACAAUAAAUGGUAACUCUUACCAGAGCCUGGUUAGAACUGUUGCUUUGUAAAAAUUUAAGGCCAGGGAACCGCAAACCUAAAGUUGAUCAAUGGAAAAUUUGCAGUGAAUUAAUGGCUAUUUGGUCGACCUGGAAAAACUUUAGGGUUACUUAAAGCUUAGCCAGUUUAAUGGCUGGUAUAAUCUUUCUCGUUGUAUGGAUGAGGACAGAAAUGGAGAUGUUCUCAUCUGGUCAAUAUUGAUUACUUUGGGGAUCUUGUCAAAAUGACUAACUUAUCAGUUAAGACUCAAAGAAAAAAAAUUAACAUUUCACUUAACCAACUAUAGAGGAAUGACAAAGGAAAUGAUGUAUUUUUGUUGCAGAUUUCACAAAUCUCUAUUUAUUUUAUUACACUUUCCAAACUAAUGGGGGUGGGAUGAUCAGGAUAUUACAGAAUAAGAGAAAUUAGUGUGAACUACCACAUGGGAAUUGAGCUACUGUGAUAUACUUUGGUGAUAGCAAAUAACAGAUUCAAUUGAACAAUGAUUCCUUUAGUUUCAUUCAGAACUUUUCCUACUAAAAUGGUGCUUGGUCCUUGAUAUAAAGUUUUGGAAAAGGAGUGGAACUGACAUAUAUGCUGUUUGUGGAAACAUGCAAAUUUGUUGACUUAUAUCUUGCAUAUGAACUUGUUUCAGACUUGCCUAAAGUAUAUAUUACUUUGCCUAAAUAUUCUUAAAUAAUGUGGAUCCAUAUUGAAUGGAUGUUUAGACCAACUUUAGUGACCUCGAUACUAAAAUCAGAAUUAAAAUUAAAUCAAUUUUAUAAAUUUCAAAGAGUAAUGUGCAACUAUAUAGUAUCUUUUUGAAAUAUCUUUUUGAAGUUCUAGUUUUGUGCCAAUUUCAAUAUAUUCAUCAAAAUUUAUUUUGGUGCGUUGCAUCCCAAGCAGUGUAUUUUAAGUUGAGAUGCCUCUUGUAUUUUUACAAUGAUUUGUGUAGUUCGCAUUUAUUUUUAAACAUGAUUCAAUUUCAAAUCUAAUUUACUGCUGUUCAGAUGUUGGCAUCUGGUUUUUACAAGUUGUGGAAUUUCAGCCCCUUUGCAUCCAAUUUUGCACUUGCUGUGUGGGUUUGUUCUCACUCAAUAGAUUAAGUACAAUUUUAGAGUAAAUGUUACUAGUCUAAGUGAGUCCUUAAAUGAUUGGGAAUGCUAUUUAGAUCAAACAACUUUUUGCUUGUACUACCAAAAGUAUUGUUUGGGACGAAGUGAAUUUUUGUGAUUCUUUCAUCUUACGAUGUUCAUCAGAUAUUUAAAAGGCUUAAUAAAACUUAUUUCAAAGUA